CACUCACUCACUCACUCACUCACUCAUUCUCUCACUCACUUUCUUACUCACCAAAUGAAUCAAUCACUUCCUCUGUCACUUUCUCACUCACUCAGUCAGUCACUCAGUCACUCGCCUAAUCAAUUUCUCACUUAUUUACUCGAUAACUCACUCAUUCACACACUCUCUCACUGA